GAGUGGAGGGGUGGCUAUGGGACCACUGACCCAGCUCCCUGGUAUGGUGGUUCACCCCCAGCAGCAGCAGCACUACCCCCCAUCCAGACCCCUCUACCCCCAGGAUGUCACCCUGCAGGAGGUCCCCAACGGACACGACCUCGCACCCACAGGUAGGAGCCAAAAUCUGGAGUGUGGAGACGUGCCCCUGCUCACUCCAGGGAGUAAAGAGAUGAUGUCGCAGGCUCUGAAGGACACGUUCAGCGGCUUUACAAAGGAACAGCAACGACUGGCCAUUCCCAAAGACCCCAGGCAGUGGACAGAGAGCCACGUGGGAGAGUGGCUGACGUGGACGGUGAAUGAGUUCAGCCUGAAGAGCGUGGACUUCCACAAGUUCUGUAUGAACGGGGCCAGUAUGUGUGCUCUGGGGAAGGAACGCUUCCUGGAUCUAGCACCUGACUAUGUGGGCGACAUCCUCUGGGAACAUCUAGAGAUGCUUCAGAAAGAAGACACAAAACAUUUCCCUGUCAACGGCCUGACCUCCACCUUCCAGGAAUCCCACUAUACCUCAGACUACUUUGUCAGCUAUGGCAUUGAGCAUGCCCAGUGCGUUCCUCCCUCUGAAUACUCAGAGCCGGGCUUCAUCACAGAGUCCUACCAGACCCUUCACCCAAUCAGCUCAGAGGACCUGCUGUCACUCAAGUACGAGAGCGAAUACCCGAACGUCAUCCUCAGGGACAUGCCCCUCAACACACUGCAGGGGGACUACUUCUCAGUCAAGCAGGAGGUGGUCUCCCCCGACAACAUGUGUGUGGGCCGCAUCAGCAGAGGUAAGCUGGGAGGCCAGGACUCGUUUGAGAGCAACGAGAGCUUUGAAAGCUGUGACCGUCUGACCCAGUCCUGGAGCAGCCAGUCCUCCUUCAGCAGUCUGCAGCGCGUCCCAUCGUAUGACAGCUUCGACUCCGAGGACUACCCCAGCACCCUGCAUGGACACAAGCCCAAGGGAACCUUCAAGGACUACGUCAGGGAGCGCUCAGACCUCAGCAAGGACAAACCUGUCAUCCCCGCCGCAGCACUGGCAGGAUACACAGGCAGCGGCCCCAUCCAGCUGUGGCAGUUUCUGCUGGAGCUUCUGACGGACAAGUCCUGUCAGUCCUUCAUCAGCUGGACGGGAGACGGCUGGGAGUUCAAGCUGUCCGACCCUGACGAGGUGGCUCGGAGGUGGGGGAAGAGGAAAAACAAGCCCAAGAUGAACUACGAAAAGCUGAGCCGAGGCCUGCGCUACUACUACGACAAGAACAUCAUCCACAAGACAUCAGGGAAGCGCUACGUCUACCGCUUUGUCUGUGACUUAAAAAGCCUGCUGGGAUACACCCCCGAGGAGCUCCACGCCAUGCUGGACGUCAAGCCUGAUGUGGACGAGUGAAAACAGAGGGAUGAGAGAACAGUAAUAGUAGAAGAAUAGGGGAGUAAAGGAGCCGAGGAGACUAGGGCUCAGAGAUUGAUGCCGUCCGGUAAAAGAGGGCGCCCAUUUUGGGACCAAACCUAAACUGUGGUCUGUAUCAUUUUGAGCUGUUGUCAGAUGACGUUCAAAAAGGAAGCACAUGCCAAACGUGAAAAUUGAUAAUAUGUUGCAUUUGAGAUAGUGUGUAUGGUAGCUAUAUGUAUAUACUGGUAUUACUUAGUAGCUCAAGGCACAUGGAAAGCUAUCAGUUAGAAUAGAGUGGCCAUUUAGCCUAAGUAGCACAAGAAACUGACAUUGAGGAAGGGGGCCAAGAGACAGUGAAAUAUUCAUUAUAGGGAAGGACAUGAAUGGAGAGUUCCUGCUAUGAAAUCUGUUGCCAAAUAUAAAAUGGAAAGUAGUGGAAAUAGAUCACUGUUUCUCUGCCACACUCCACACAAUAGGCAUGGGUAGAUUUCUCAGCUUGGACCAAAAAAGUGUUGUUUUUGUGACUUUUGUUUCAGAAGCAUAAUGUUUGUGUCAGUAUUAUCGUUGAGAUUCAACUCCUGGUGUACUGUUUAGUCUCAGUCCGACCAGGGUUCCCCCGUUUUUUUAAAAUAUUUUUUUUAUGAAGGUAUUAUGAAACCAAACGUUGCACCAUUUAAUGUUAAGUUAGUCCUGUCUCCUCUCUGUGAAAGCCCAAUAACUGAAACAUGCUGAUAUGACUAUCAGAUGACACUAGACACUGGCCUUUUUACUCAUUUUCAUAGUUGGAUGGAGAGUUACUUACUCAUACCAAGAAUGGUUGAUAGACACCUGAAAGUAACCGUUGCUUUAAAACUGACGCUUUCAGCUCUGCACAUUUGCCGCUUCACUAUAGAAAUAUACUGUCUUACCACCAGUAAUAAAAAUCCUUAGACACCCUUUCUGUGGUGAGUUUUGAAAGUAUUUGGACAUGAAAGAG